ACUAAUGCUCUCGCACAGUUCAUCUUCAUCGCUGCUUGAGGUGAGGUGACACUAACAGGCGUUUGGAUGAAAAGUUGGAAAAGUUUUUCCUCUUCUAUCACUAACCACCAUCACUGGGAUCACACUACUGGACUAGGAUCUACCUAAAAUCAAUUGUGUUUUGUUUUCGUGGUCGUGAAAAUUGGGCUGUUGUUGUGUGGCGUUGUUCGGAAAACUCGGGUCGAUUCAGUUCGUUUGGAUGUAGGAUGUGAAUUGGUGGGCAGGUGAACGGAUUCACAUUGAAAUAGCUAGGAGUGAUAAAAGUGCUGUUUUCUGAGUGGGGGAAAAGCACUCUUCUAAUUAAGCUCCAUUGUGUUUCGUGUGGAAAAUGGUGUUCACAUAUGUUUCGGGAAAACCAAGCUUUCCGACCUGGUUUGAAUUGUUCUGACCUCGCUGGUAAGGCCUGGACUGUGGCAAUUAGUUGGUGCAUAGCAAUUGGAGCGGAAAAUUGAGUUUUCAUUCGCAAUUCCUUGGAACUGGAAAAUCCUUUAGUGCGGUGAGGACGAAGUUGGAAAAACAAAGUGCGUGGGUGGUUUGGUGCCGAGAAGGUAGAGUUUCUUUUGCUGCGGUGUUUGAACUGCUGGUGGACGACGACGGUAUUGCGUUUCAGUGUUGAGGCUCCUACUACGGACCGGAGAAGGUGGUGGUGGUGGCCGCCUAGGCCAGCUUCUUCUACUCUCGACCCACCCGGACCGGAGGCAGGUGGCUGCCGCUGCAACGCUGGAUUUGAUCCGGAAAAAGAUGAAGCCCUAUCAGCCUUCGGAGAAGCUGGUGGUGCGGGAUAGCGUGUCGCUCAGCAUGGACGAGGAGCUGAGCGAUGACGUCGAGGAUGAGGUUUUCAUACGGGAUGGGCGCACCUGUCGGACGUACGAGGACCGUGGGGCCAAGCGUCCCCUGAUGGCACCCAGGCAUCGGGCCGGGGGUAAAAACAGUAAAUCAACAAGUUGCGGCACUUCAAGCCCGAUACUAAAGAAGUAUCGGCGAAGGCGCUGCUGGAAUUGCUGCGAGCCGUUCUGCUACGGAUUGGCUGCAAUCACCGUGUUGAUUGGUCUCAUCGUGUUGGCAGCACUCCUGCUAACGGCCUUCCCCCAACCGCUCCAGAAGAUCCGCGUCUGGUUCCACAAGGAGUCACCCUUCAGCGGUACAGCCAUCCAGGACAAGUUCGACAGCUUGCUGUACAAUGGAAUGGGCACGGGAAACGACUCGGUUGAAAUCGUUCCGUGUACUCGCAUUACGGUGCAGAAGGUUUGGACCCGGGUGGUUGCCCGGGUUAAUAGUGAGAGUCCGCUGAGGAAGCUGGAUGUCAACGGGGACGGCGUGUUGGACGUGAUCGUGGGGUACGGGAUCGAUGAGAUGAUCGACGAUACGCUAGGGUUCAUUCCGCGGUGUACCUCGUUGAAGACCAACCUUACGGAUAUGUGUGGUGGCGGGUUGUUGGCACUUAAUGGGGUCAACGGGGAAACUCUGUGGCAGAGAUGGACAUCGUUUACGAUCUUUUCGAUGAAGUGCGCGAUCGAUAUCAACUCGGACGGGCAGAGUGACUGCGUGGCGGCUGGGAGGGGCGGGUUGAUCCUGGCAGUUGAUGGUAGAAAUGGGAACAUACUGUGGGAAUUGAAGGACUCUUCGGAUUUGGAAAGCUAUGCGGGAACGAGCAUAGAUCUGUACACGAUCAACGUGGUUAGGGAUUUGAAUAACGAUGGAAUUGCGGACGUUUUGGCGGUUCAUGUGGAGGAAUCGCUGCGGGCCCAUGGAGGCCACAUCAAGCUUAUAUCUGGAGCGACUGGAAUAAUUUUAAAGAGUAUUCCUACGCCGUAUCGGGAGGAAAUGUUUGUACCGAUACAGGUGCUUCUGGGAAAAGAUGGAUCGGAGCAGUUCCUGAUGGUGACCGGGGGACAGAGUUCGGCCGGCGGAAUCUACACGUUGAAUCAGGAAAACCUGAUGAAAUUCAACAGCGAGAAGGAUUUUGCACCAGUAUUGCGGAUUAAUUCGUCUGGGUUUAUGGUGCCUGCUGUAUUGACGGACAUCAACGGUGACUCGGUGCAGGAUAUUGUGGUGAACUCGUUCAAUUCUACGGUAUUUGCUUUUGAUGGAGCUAGCAAGAAGCAGCUAUGGUCUUACACGAUAGCAGAUUCGGAGAGCAUCAGCUCGAUAGUUCCUGGACAUUUUGAUCAUGACAAUGUUACGGAUUUUAUGGUGAAGUACAACACGGGUCCAGGUUUUCCGAUAUACUAUUACUCGCAGACUAUGAUCAUCAACGGAAGUAAUGGACAACCGUUUUUGGACAAUUCGGUGAAGGAUUCUGGUGGUUCGAACAGUUUGUUGGGCGGGCUCAGUAUCUCCCAGACGGGUGGUGGAGACUUUUUCUUACAUUGGCAACUGCAGUGUAGAGAUAAGUUUGAGACUACCGAAGAGUACCAAUUUGUUCCAGAGAGCGAUAUCAUUCAACAGUCUCGAGCAGAUGCCUGCAUGCUACGUUACAACAAAUCUUCGGUCUUAAAGCUAUAUACCAUCAACCGACACGUGGAACCUCCAGGUGCCGUGAUCUUCUCAUCGGACGAUCUGCUAAUAAAGCUUAACGAGACAGUCAGCGAACAGCUACGUGAGAAGUUCGUGGCUCCGAUCAAGCAUCCUAAAAUGAAGCUGAAGGUCAAGGAAGAUGGACGGCGGGCAAGUGAGAGCCAGCAAACGCAGGUACGGAUGGAUAAGAAGCUGGAUCUGCACAGUGCUCCACCUGCCGGAGAAGCGGAGGGAGUUUCCGGAGAUGUCGGAGUAGUUAUGAGUGGUCCCAAGCAGGUUGCUUCUGAGUUACGGAAACAGAAGCUCAGGGAACAGAUGCUCAAUACCAAUCAAAUUCCGGAGACUCUGGAGUACGAGGAGGACAAGAAACGGAAACAGAAGAUUAAUUUGAACAAUGUCUACAAAAAGUACACCUACAAUGCGAAUGAUGAUGGAAACUUGUUCAACGGAGACCCGGAUAUCUAUCUACCGUACGAUCAAGUGGAUUCAGAAGCGCGUAACCCAUUCCUACAAAACCCGGUUCCACCGGUGCAACCAAUGCAGCCAGACUACGAUUACAGCGCGGCGAACGAAGACAUCAUGCAACCCGACUUUCAACGGCCUCGUUACAGAAAUGCAGGCAAUCGCUAUUCCGGUGGCAGAGACGUCCGCAGCAAGUUCGGCACAUUUGAUGAUACGGACCUUCGCGAUACCAAUUUGGAAGAGCAGGUGUUCAACGAAUCCAACCCGAAUUCGCAGAUCGUGAAGAAGGUGCUUUUGAACGACGAAAUUCUGGAGGAGCUGAAGGAAAAUGGAAGCAGUUCAAAGGGUUCUAAGGAAACUCUUUGGGAUCUGGAGAUGGAGAAGGAAGCGAAGGAAGCUAUUAAUGAUGUAAGCGCACUCAACUUCGACUACAAUAAGGAGAAGCGACAAGCAGAAUCUACCAUCAGCUCUACGCAAUCUCCAAGCACAACUAUCCCACCACCGACGACUACUGAGUCACCUCCGAAUGAGAAUAUCCUUCCAUCGAUCGCAUCCACGGGACUUUUGCUUAAGUCUCUAAGCUCCACCCAGACCGACCCAACCAUAGAUUAUGUCUUUGUGAUGAACAUUCGUGAGUCGGAAACCUACCCGCCGUUGUUGUUAGAGCAGGACUUGACAUGCGUCAAGGAUAAGCUCUCCGCGUAUCGUACCUACAGUAACGAUGAUUUCCACGUUCUGGAGAAGGAGUUCUUGGUUCGGUGCCUGGAGGAAAGGCUUCCCAAUGUGAAACCGAGCUUCCAAAAGUACGAAACACAGAUCAUCGUGACGCGGUUGGAGAUCGGCUGCUCAUGUCCCGAUGAUCUGAACCCGAAGCGUGAGGUAUGCUCCAAGUUGCACAGCUACGAUCAGCAACGGUGGACCGAGUACAUGGGAAACGCUGGCAAUGGCGUCUACUGAGAUCAGGCCGGAGAGGGUGAGAUGGUGUGAAGGCGAAGGUGGAGAUAAGGCGGGAAAUACAGGAUGCGACAGCCGUAGGAAUAAUUUCUUUCCGUGCUUAGAGUAGGGACUCAUCCUUUUCGGAACUAUUUUCAUCAGCUCUUCUGCAUGAACUAGAUUCUUCCACAAUGAUCUGUUUGAGGCCAACGUAGAGAAUAUGGAAAGGGCAGCGUAAAUAUGUUAAACAUUGCAAUAGAUUUUGUUCGAAUUACAUCCUGAACAUACAUGCGAGCUAAUGUCAACGGAAUACCUCAUCUUAAAUUUUCAAGAGCAAACAUAAAAAAAAAACAAAAAAAAAACGGUUUGCGCUUAAAACAUGAUCUUUGGGUCAUUACCAGUUUUCACACGACAGAGUUCAAUGGAAAUACGGGUACUUCGUCCGCCACAAAACACGUGAAACAUGUAUCCUCGAAGUUAGGUGGAAUGACCUCACUUUAGGGUAUAUAUUUACUAGAGCGACUGGAAGGGAGAGUGGCGUCAUGUUCCAAUUUUGACAGGUCUCCUGCUCGUUUGGAACGGGAAUUGGUAUUGAUUUGACAAAUGAUCGCUGUUCCAAUUUUGGCAUUGGCGACACUCUUCCUUCCAGUCACUUUAAUAUUUACUUUCGUAUAUUCGAAUCGUGCUUAUCGUUCAUACAGGGGUGUAAUCAGGAGGUGACAGUCUAUUGUUUUAUUGGCUCUUGAAAAUUUGAGAUGGGGUUGUGUUAAUAUUCACCUUAACACUCGAAUGAAGCUGGAUCUGACGAACGUUACAAUUGAAAAUCGGUUUUGGCACUGAUCUUUCGUGAUCGCUUACAUGUCAAAAUUGAUCGUUUAGGCGCAGUGUUUGCUACCCUUUAAGCGUUCUUGCCAGAUUACGGAUGAUCAUUGUUUAGCCACUGACAAAUCGCUGCAUAUAAUGCAUACAUUCUCUAAACCUCUAUUACCACACGACAAUGUACAAAACUACUGUUUAUCUAAUUACUACAAAAUGGAACAAAACAUAUGUGAGAAAGCCAAACUAAUGAUCAAUCAACUCUUUUGCUUUCAUUUCUUUAAAAUCUUGUAUUUUCUUUGGGUUGAUAAAGGAUGGGGUGACGAAUAUGACUGCGAAGAAUCAUUUUUAUUAACUAACUAGAGAUGUCGGACCAUCCCGACCGGGCUUCUAUUUUGGGAACUUCCGAAAUAGCUCAGUACAUUUUUGAACAAUUGAUUUAAUUGUUUGUACACGGUGCGAUGCAAAUAGUAUCUAGCCAUGUAUAAAAUUUCAAGCCAAUUGUUUUGAAAUCGACUGAGUUAUGGCAUAAAAGUGCAAAAAUACCAGAUUCUGUCCAAGUGGUUCGGCCUCCUACAUCUAGAAUAGAUUACAAACGUUAAGGUGUCAAUAAUUCCAGUGACAUAUUUCAAAAAGCUGUACUUACUAACUGAAAGAUAAGACACACAACAACCUAAGCAUACCAAUCAUGUUUAUUUUUUUGAAACAGAUUCUAACAUAGUUAAUUUGUAGAUAAGUGUAACAGAAUAAAUUUAUCGAUCAGAAAAGAAAUGUUAUAGGAGAUGCGGUACUGGAGCAGUACUGUACACGCACACUUGAUUUGAUGGAAUGUGUAAAUAAAGGAGAAAAAGAAA